UUUUAAUUUGCAUUAUCCCUCCCAAGAUUGCAACAAGCUACAAUCAAGCUUCAUACACUGAGCUAAUCCAUGGCUUCCAACAUAGUCUGUUUUUGUGCAAUCUUUUCUCUCAUUUCAUUUUUCUUAUGUACUUCCCAUGCAUGUGAUCUUACGCCAAACUAUUAUGCUUCGAGCUGCCCCAACCUUGAAACAAUUGUAAGUCGUACGAUGGCGCAAGCACUUAGAAAGGAAGCUCGUAUGGGUGCUUCUAUCCUUCGUUUGUUCUUCCAUGAUUGCUUUGUCAAUGGUUGCGAUGGCUCUGUACUCCUAAACGAUACACCUACCUUUACCGGAGAGCACACUGCUUUUGGAAAUGCGAACAAUUCAAUAAGAGGCUUUGAAGUGAUUGAUGCAAUCAAGUCUAACGUUGAAGCUUCUUGCAGUGAAACCGUAUCGUGUGCAGACAUUCUAGCUCUAGCUGCAAGAGACGGGGUUCGCUUGUUAGGAGGUCCCUCAUGGAUAGUACCUCUAGGCAGAAGAGAUGCAAGAACAGCAAAUCGUACUUUAGCAAACCAAAACCUACCACCACCAUCUGCCAACCUAACUGGCCAAAAUGGGCUUAUCGAGUUAUUUACCAGACAUAAUUUAACGGCCAAGGAUAUGACUGUCCUCUCUGGAGGUCACACUAUCGGCCUUGCUCGCUGCAGCAGCUUCCGCCCCCACAUCUACAACGACAGCAACAUCGACCCAAGGUUCGCGGCUCUCCGCCAAGCUAAUUGUCCUAGACCCCGAGGAAGUGGAGACUUUAAUUUGGCACCUCUCGACCUUCAAACUCCUACAAGAUUUGACAACGAUUAUUAUCAAAACCUUGUUGCAAAACGUGGCCUUCUGCAUUCUGAUCAACAGCUUUACAAUGGAGGUUCCGAAGAUUCUUUGGUGUUGACUUAUAGCAGAAAUCAAGCUGCAUUCUUCCAAGAUUUUGCAAAUUCCAUGAUCAAUAUGGGUAACAUUCAACCACUUACUGGUACUAAUGGAGAAAUCAGGAAGAAAUGCGGCUUUGUCAACUAGUUCCAUUACUUGAUUUAUAUAUGUACUAUGUUUGUAAUUAGUGUUGGAACUGGAUUGAUGUUUCAUUAUGCGUUCUACUUCUUGUUGAUCUAUAGGGUAUCACUUCAAAAUGAUUUAAGUAUAAUUCUAGUUUAUUAAAACCAAUGGAGUUACAUAAAUGAUUUUGUGGUUAUGGUACUUUUAAUUUUAUGGCUCAUAUGUAAUCAUACAAUAAAUAUGAACUUAUUAUAUCUUA